ACAAUAACACAGACUCUUUCACCUGCUUGAUGAUGAACGGUCAUGGUGUAGUUAACUGGUGGGGGUUCUCACCUCCAGUUGAUCUUCUUGAUUAUGUAGAGGGUGAGAGAGGUGAAAAGGAUACAGUACAGAUGUUGGUGGCAGGUGCUGGUGAUCCUCGACACCUGCUGCUGAUGUUAGCCCGAAAGAGGCAACACAAGAAGCGGCUCAAGGUGUUUUUAUUGGAGGCACAUGUGGAGUUAUAUGCCCGAGUAUUGCUGUUGGUGGGGAUCUGCUUGCAGCAGGGUCUUGGGUUGAGGGAAAGGGCCAGUCUCCUACUCGAUCUCUGGUCCAACCUUAAUCUUAGACCAGCAUCCAGAAACUACCUGGAACUCACUGCUCAAAAACUCUCCAGGGCAGUAACUGACGCGACCCAGUACCAAGCACUCCUGGGAAUGGUGUCUGCUGAGAACCUUAAGUAUCGUGAGAGGGAUGCUAUUGAUGCCAUCUGCAGGAGCUGGUACACCCUUACUCCAAAGCAGUAUGACCCUGCACUUUGCUGGGACUUGCGGUUGCGGCAAUUGUUGAGGACGAGGUAUGACAACAGGCAGGCAGAGGCAGACUGGGCAUGGCACAUGCGUCUUGUUCACCGCAUCCAAAAACUUCACAUCAAUACAUCCAAAGGAGGGGGAGCAGCUGGUGACAAUGAAGGAACAGCAGCUGGGUAUGUGGGUGCUGGGUGGGGUCAAGAGUUCUUGAAGUGGAGAGAUACAGGUCAUGCUUUCUACAGUGGUGCAGACAUCACACAGCACCUGGCCAACACCUCACUUGCCUCAGUGGUGAUGAUAACUGAGGGGAUGACAAAACAUCGGCGGGUAGGAUACUGGGGCGACCUCCUUACUGGGCCCUUCCCUGUUCUUGCCCUCGCCUCUACUGACAUCAGAGUUGCACAGAUGCAAAAUGGCAGGAGCAAAUAUGGUGGGAGUGAGGUGGCCCUGUGGAACCUGGAGAAUCUUCUGCACCAGCUGUGGCCCAAUCACUACCUGCAGGAGGAGCAGCUGGUGCAGGAGAUGAAGGGGAAGCUGCCAAAAGAGAAGACAAAUGAAAAGGUAACUAAAGAGCUGGAAGGAAAAGUGGAGAAUGCACAGGGAGACUUAAAAAAUGAGCAACUGCAAAAAGGAAUAAUGAAAAGCAAUGUUCAUGAAAAAGUGAAGAGGCAGAUGAAAGCCAUGGUGGAUAAAAAGCCGGAACUCGUAGAAAUGAUUGUUGAGCAAGAGGAAGAAGAAAUGGUGAAACAGAUGGAAAUGAAGGUCAAGAAGCAAAUAGGAAAAAACAAAAGAGAGGAAAUAUAUAUGGAAUUGGAGAAGCACAAGGAAUUGGAGGCAGAACAGCAGAUAGAGUUGAAGAAUGAUUCAAAAGACAAUUGUGUAAAUUUACUGAAGACAGCUAGAGCAAUGGGUGAAGUAUUGGAAAAAAGCAGUGAAGAGAAAAAGAUAGAGGCAACAAUGAAUGUCAGAGUAGAUAUGAAGGAUGAAAUAAAAAAUGGAAUUUCAGACAAUAAAACAAAUAUGAAUUACAUAUGCAAAGGUGAAACAAGCCAUGUUACUGGAGAGAAACAAAAUACAGCCAACUGCAUAGACAAUCAACCUCAAAUUGAAGCAAUGAAUCUAACUGAUUCAAGAAAUACUGGAAAAGGGAAUAUUUUGCUACCUAAGUCAGGUAGCAAGAGCAAGGCAGAGGAAGAAGGUAAUACAUCCAAUAAUUACCUACCACUUGAAGGGGUGGAGGUCAUCCUCCUCUCUCCUUCUCGCCUCAAAGAUCUCACUUCACUGCCUGAGGUUGUAGGAGGGCUGGAUCUGGUGUAUUUGUCAGUGGCUAUGGCACACUUGCUUACACCCACACUCCUUCACUCUCAUCUUCGUCAACACACCAAGCUCAUCCUGGAGACUGCCCAGAUGUUGCCUGAGCUGACAGAUGACCAGGUACAGGAGUUCAAGACCCGUGUGAUGUCAUCAGCAACUGCAGCAGGGUGGGAAUGCUCUGCUUCUCAUCCUCUCUGUCACCUUACAUUUCAGAGAAGUUAAAACCAUCAUCAGUUUUAGCAGGAGAAUUUCUCAUGAGUAAAGUAAAUGGGAUCUUUUAUUAUUUAAAAGUCUCCAUUUUCUCCAAGAUGAAAACUGACUAAAUUUGAAUUUUAAGACAUGUACAUGGUACUGCACUGAUUCUUAGAUUACCUGAUCCAAGAUUAUGGAGCAUAAAUUGUUACCAAACACUGGUAUUGGCAUCCUAUAUAGAUAAAGUUUGGAUUAGUAUAUAAAUUCAAUGCCUGCCGUAGAAAUAAUGCCUAAUACUGUAGUAUACAGUAUAAGCCUUAAUCAGUUACAUAUUAAGUGAGGUUGUCCUAAAUAGGCAGACCUUACCAAAUUUCCAUAUAACACUAGUUUAUUACUGCUCUACUCUCUGUUUGACCUUUUUAGUCCUUCCUAAUAACCACAUCUGCUUAGUGUAGUAUACUGUAGAGAUGAAACAUAAUAUAGAUUUAAAACUAAACAUGAGAGAAACAAGAAUGCUGAUUGCAAAAUGCUGUGAAAAUUGCAAUGCAAGUACUGUACAAGGUAAAAUAAUUUUCUUAAACACUUUGAAGGUGAUGGUUUAACCCUUUGAGGAUAAUGGCUUAAUCCAUCAAGAACAAUGGCUAAAUCCUUGGAGAAUUAUGGUUUAACCUCUUGAAAAUGAUGGAUAAACCCUUUGAUGACAAUUAUAUGACCCUCAUGUUUAAAGGAUUAACAGACAAUACAAUAAUAAUAAAAAAAAACAAUAACUGGGUACAGGAUAAAAACUCACCUAUGGCCAUCCAUGGAUCUAUGGUUACAUCCUCAGCACAGACUACUCGAGGAAAGAAUAGCUACUGUAGGCAGCACAAAUUGUUUUUCAAUAUAAAAAGAAAAAAUCUCAUUACAGUACUUGUUUUAUUAAGUAUAUUAUGACCAAACAAAUAAAACAGUAACAGCAAAGUUUUCAUGUAAAAAUAUAAGAUAACCAAUAUUAGACAUAUCAAGACCAAAUACUAUAACAGACUACAAAAAGAGGUUAUUAUCAUGGAAUUAUGAGUAUCUGGAAGUAGAUUCUGUGAUUACUUUUAGAGUAUGUCAAAUCAACUUAAUUGUACAGUAAUACUGUAGUAUACAGAAUUAUCUACAGUACUUACAAAAGUAAUGAGAAUACAA